UCUUCGUGAGUUCUCCUCAUUGGAGUGCCUGAGGUGCACCCUGUGGUUAUUAGUAAGUAGUACAUAGGCAAACAAGCUUUGUUGAUUCUUUCUAUGUCAUAGUAUAUAUUGUGUGGUCUGAUGUUUGCAGUCUUUUGUUCAUUUUGACUAUUGGAUUACCUAAAGUUGGUGCUUGAAAUCAUAGCACAAAUUCCAAAUAUGUAGCUUUAUCUGUGUUCCAUGUUAUGUUGCCACAUCUUCUAAUUCAGUCUAGACUCUUGUGAUCCAGGCAGGGUCAUGUAGUAGCUAGAUUCACUCGACCAAUGAGUGGUGGAAGAGUUCAUGCAAUCAAUUCAUGUUUGCCAAAUGGGCUUUUGUUUCUACUCCUUCCAUUUUCUUUAGUGAUAAUACUAAGUAUUUUGGAGCUUGUUAUUGUUUCAUUAGCACUUGAAACAAUUGUCUAAAUGUCUUUGGUUAAUAGACUUUAGCUUAUUAUGGUCAGUAAUUCAAUGUUGGAUCACUUACAGUCUGAAUCACUUGCUUUACAUCUGUUUGUUUGGCACUUGUAUCAUUACAUCUGUUUCUCACUUGAUUAUUACAAGUUGCUUGUCAAUCAUAUGUUUGGGACUAUCUGUUUGAUAUUCCAAUAUGUAAAUGAUGAUUAUAUUGUUUCUACAAGAAGUGUUUUCUGUUUUUGUUGGAUCACUUACAAUCUGCUUCAUUUGUUUUACUGAUCUUGAUGGGAUGUCACUGUUUGCUACUUAACUUGGCACAUUGGCUAGCUUGCUUUUUCUGGAAUGCUACUGGUUUCUUCAAGAACUUUGAUCUGAAUAAGUUUAUAGUUCCUACAUAGAAGUUGGAGGAUGGUUUUAGAUUUACAAGAAGCUCUACCAAAUUAAAUGUCUUGUAAUAUCAGUCAUCAAAUGUUUGCUUGAAAUACUAUCUUCCCUAUGUUUUUGCAUCUUAGGUUGUAUUUAUGUGAACUUACCUCAUAGAACAGAGACCUUCAAUUCUGAGUUUUCAAAAAGAAGAAUAAUCUCAUUGCAGGGAUGUGACAUUUAUUUGAAAUCCAAACCAAUAUUUGGUCAAAGAUAAGAUUUAGUUGGUGAUGACGUGUUAGACGUAUUUAUCAAAGGUUGAAGGUUUAAAUUUUUAUUCGAUAUAUUUUUAAACAUAUCACUUAAUUUAUUUAGUAAAAUAUUUUGAUAAUUUAUCGUAAAGAUCUAAGAAAUAUUUUGACUUUGAUGGACUGUGAAGUCAAACGGAUCUCUUCUUCUCCUGGCCGAUCAGUCAAUGGGUUCGGAUCCAAGUGCAGGAUGAUGGGCUGGCCCGGUGAAUGUCAAAAUUAGGGCUUCUUUUCUACACUCGAUUAUAACCGUUCGAUCACGAUCCAAGGGACCGGAACGAUAGGAAUCACUCGAACGGAGGCGGAUAUAAACCCACGCCUCCGUUCUCCUCCGCUUUCGCUUACGCUGUCGAGUUUAGGGUUUGGGGCGGUUCUCCGCGUUGGCGAGAUCCUUCUUCCGGAGGCUUGACCAGGAUGGUGAGAAUCAGCGUUUUGAAUGAUGCUCUCAAGAGCAUGUACAAUGCAGAGAAGCGUGGAAAGCGGCAGGUCAUGAUUAGACCAUCAUCUAAAGUGAUUAUUAAGUUUCUCCUUGUAAUGCAGAAGCAUGGAUAUAUUGGUGAGUUUGAAUACGUUGAUGAUCACCGGGCUGGUAAAAUAGUUGUUGAGUUGAAUGGGAGACUGAACAAAUGUGGUGUGAUUAGCCCUCGCUUUGAUGUGGGCGUCAAAGAGAUUGAGCCUUGGACUGCCAGGCUACUCCCAUCACGUCAGUUCGGUUACAUUGUGUUGACCACAUCUGCUGGAAUCAUGGAUCACGAAGAAGCUAGAAGAAAGAAUGUUGGUGGUAAAGUGCUCGGCUUCUUUUACUAGAUGGGCUUUUUUUUUAUGAGGCUGCAGAUCGUAAAUGUAAUCCUGGUGAGAACGUGGUAAUUUUGGAUUAUGGUAUCCGUCUUCUCUGUCAGCUCCUGGAUCUGGAGUCCAUAUUGAACAAGUCAGAUACUCCAUUUCAAAGUAGACCUGAUUGAUUCUGCUUCCAAUA